AUGCUAUUCUUCACGGUGAAAGGGAAAGAGAAAGAGUUCCCUUCCCCAGAGUUUACAAUAGCCCUGCAAACCUUGAGUGUCGUUCUCGGAGAAAUGAUACGAAGAUUGUUCCUGGUGUCUGAGGAGUUCAAACACAUAAGUACGCGAUAUCGAGGAGACUGGAAGAGAAUUUUUAAGGCAACUUUCACUAACGAUUUUUGCAUGCGUAGUUUACUCGCUGCUAUCGUUUCCACUUUCAUAAUAUGCUGUCAUCAGUUGUAUGAAGGAUACGAAAUAUUGUCUCGCCCAGAUCUCGUCAUUUUGUUUUUCCUGAACUCUCUCCUGGUUGGUCAGUUGUUUUUCCUUGUGGGCCUUCGACAGCUCUCUCCCGUAGAAACAUCGGAUUUGAUUGAAAAGGAAAACAAGAAUGUAGCCGAUGGGCUGGCUUGGGGCUACUACUUUGGUUAUCUGAAGCUGGUGCUACCAAAACUGAAAGAUCAGAUUGGCAAAUCAGAGCUUUUUCGUUAUGAAAUAACAAAGAAAAAGCUUUUCAUUUUACUGCCCAAAACGUGCUACACCUGUGCUGACAUCGUUGAAGCAGAUUCCAGGGUAAAAUGGGUCGGUCAUCUCCCAGAGCUUAAAAUUAGUAGGGGUGGAAUUAAGGAAAGAAUUUACAAGCAUUCGGUACAUAAGAUAGAAAUGCCCCGCCCUGAUGGAGCAGUAGAAAGGUACCACUUUAUCUUGGAGUAUGCCACACCUCUGAUGAACCUUUAUGAUAUGUCUGAGUAUGCAGACGCCCCCUUUAAUCGUGAGGAGCGGGAUCAUCAGGUAGGCUAGUUUCUAGUAUUUUCUCUUUGAUUCUCAAAGUGCAAGAGAAUCCUGAUCUGAUCACCCCAAACAAUAUUGUGGCUGAUCCCUGGGUAAUUGGGUCAAUUUCUGUUGUGUGUAUACCACUGGCCUCUUAGAACCCCCCACCCUCCCCCAAUAAUCUAUUCUGUGGUCAUUUGUAGAUCCCAUCUAAGGCGCUUUUGAGUGAAUGUUACUUUCACCUUCCCAACUUAGUCACUUUCUGUUUAAUGUAUCUGCCUUAGAAAGCCUUCUAAGUAACUCAUCCUAACAUGAAUCGACUCAUUUGACCAUGAAUCUUCCCAGUUGGCCAUACAUUGUCUCAUCCUAAAAUCUGGAAGAGUGCAACCCCAUUAUUGGAACUGUAUUGAAAUUGCAAACCCAUUAUUAAAUAGUAAAUCCAGUUGUGAAAAUGCAAGCCAUCCAACAGCACAUCCUCAUUAGCUUUUUAUUAGGAAGUACCCUGCCCUUGGGACUGGUCCUUAUAAAUAUGGCUUGUUUGAGGUGAGAUGCAAUCUAACUGGAACUUCUCUUCAUUGUAACUUAUAGGUGGUGUUAUUUAUCCGAAAAUUGAGGGAAAUUCUGGAUAACUCCGAAGAGUGCAGAGGGACUUGUGAGUUGGUGCCAAUUUCAGGAAGUCGUCCACAUGAGAUCUCAAAUGUCCUGAUUGGGAUGCAUAAUGAUGCCAACAUAGAGGUGCACAAUCCAGAAGCUAAUGGAGUGCACAGACCAGAACAAGAACAGCUCUAAACAAAAUAAUGCUAGCUCAGUGUAACAAGAGACUCAGUCUGGAAGUUGCUGAUAUUUUACAAGACAUGCAAUAUAGUAAAUGAAAUAUUCCUUUAGUGAUACAUGUAGGAAUGAGAAGCCUUUCAAGGGGCACAGAUGUUCAUUCAUCUCAUGGCUUAUACUUUUACUUCACCCAUAUUAGACACCACUUGAUGUUGGUUAAGAACACUAACAUUGUGUUUUAGAGAGGGAAGCAAGGGGACAGUCCUCAUCUCUCAGAUUUAGACACAGCCUUUCAUUUGUGUUAGUGGAGAAGUUAGCAGCCUAAUUUUUUUUACUCUUCCCUAUAGCUGAGCAGAUUACUCAGUUUGUAGUGAGCCCUUAAUGGAAUAGUAAAGUAAAGGUGAACAGAAGUUUAUAAAACAGGCUGAAUAAUUUAGUUUUUCUCAAUUGUCAUUUGUCUUUGCUUUGCUCUGGGAAAUACUUAAAUUGAUAAUUGUUGUGCUCUUAUUCUGUAAACAUAUUAAUUAUCCCUUUACACCUUUAUAUCAGUAUGCAUAUUCUUCAUACUGUUCUCAAUUGCACAUUUCCUUUGGUACCAAGAGGGAGAAUUUGUGUUUCAA